AUGGAGCAAGAAUAAUAAUAAAAUAACGAUAUUCCCGAAAAUGCCCCUACCGAUUGCCCUGGAACUAAAUCAGAGGAGGCAGGAAAAUCUUCUUCGUGUUAAGGAUGCCCAAAUUAAUAAAUAUGUGCUUCUGGUAAAGCGAACGAGCCUGAUCCAGCAUUAAAGGACAUAUAAAAACAUAUGUAAUUAGUAAAGCAUAAAAUAUUAGUACUUUCCGGGAAAGGUGGAGUCGGAAAAAGUACUGUAUCAAGUCAAUUGGCAUUAUAAUUAGCAAAUUUAGGAUACGAAGUAGGAUUAUUAGAUAUAGAUUUAUGCGGCCCUUCGAUUCCCAGAAUGAUGGGUUUAUUAAAUCAUGAAGUACAUUAAAGUGCUGAAGGAUGGAGUCCUGUUUACGUAGAAGAUAAUUUAGGAGUUAUGUCUAUUGGAUUUUUAUUAGGAAACUAAGAUGAUCCUAUAAUUUGGAGAGGACCAAGAAAAAAUGGUUUAAUUAAAAGAUUCCUUACAGACGUAUGUUGGGGAGAAUUAGAUUUUUUAAUAGUUGAUACCCCACCUGGAACAUCAGAUGAGCAUCUUAGUAUAGUUUAGUAUAUGCAAUUAGACCCUAAAAAUGAUGGGACUGUAAUUAUUACUACUCCCUAAGAAGUUAGUCUUUAGGAUGUAAGAAAAGAACUUAAUUUUUGUAUAAAAACUUAAUUGAAUAUUCUUGGUGUGGUAGAAAAUAUGAGUGGAUUUGUAUGUCCUAAUUGUGCGUGUUAGAGUGAUAUUUUCCCUCCUGUUAGUGGGGGAGCGUAAAAAAUGUGCGACGAUUUCAAAAUAUAGCUUUUAGGUAAAAUUCCACUUGAACCAAAGGUUUUAAUUUGCGCAGAAAAAGGAAAAUCUAUUGUUAGCGAACAUCCGGAAACUAACGCAGGUUAGGCUUAUGUGAAAAUUGUUUAAACAUAUGCUGAUUUACCCGUUCAUUGUGUAAAAAGUGAAAUAGUGGGUAAAUGGUAGAUAUAAAUAUCACACCCAAUAGUAAAGGGUAAUAGUCGCUCAAUGGUAACAUGUGGACAUGAAGUUCCAGAUAAUCCAAAUACAAGUUUUAAAGCUUCAAAUGGUAAAAUAUAAGGCGUAUAAUAGACAUUUGAUAUUGAACUAACAAAAGAUAAUAAAGUACUUGGUGAAUUAGGAGAAGGCACAUGGACUAUGAUAUAUGAUGAAGGCUGGGAAAUAGACUAUGGCGGAAUAAAGUUUAUGAAUUUUUUUAAGUAUUCGAAGAAAGAAUUAAGUUUAUUUUAUAAAAUUGAUUGUGGUAAAACCUUAGUUGGGUGGUACAAUAAUUAUACUGAACUAAAUAGAGGAUGUUCAUAAGGAGAAUUAAAUUAACUUGCAGGAAGAAAAAAAAAGAAAGUCCUAUAAAAAAAAUAAUACUUUACUUCAUUCAUUUAAAAAGAAAUAAAAGAAGAGCUUAUUUAAACUACUGAAAGUUCUCGAAAAUAAGAAUUCCCUAAAAACUUCUCUUGGUAAGAUAAAGUGCCUUAAACAAUUCAAUAAGCAGGUUGUGGAAGUUGCUAUGCUAUUGCAACUGCUUAAAUGCUUUCGGCAAGAAUAAAAAUUUAAUCAGGAGAAGAUGUUCUAAUUUCAGCUUAACAUUCGAUAGAUUGUAAUUAUUACAAUUAAGGUUGUGAAGGGGGAUAUUCGACAUUGGUUGGAAAAUUUGGGAAUGAAUUUGAAAUGGUACCUGAAAGCUGUCACCCAUAUAAGGCUAAGAAUGGAAAAUGUGAAACUUGUGAUUUAAGUUCGCUUGAAUUCAUUUAUAAAGUUGUUAAUUAUGGAUAUAUUGGGGGCGCUUAUGGAAAAAGUAAUGAAUACUUAAUGAUGGAAGAAAUGUAUAAAAAUGGACCUAUUGUAGUUAGUUUUGAACCUGAUUAUGAGUUUAUGUCAUAUUCGGAAGGCAUUUAUAAAUCUGAAAAAAUCGGUUUAAAAAAUGAUGAUUGGGAAAAAGUUGAUCAUUCAGUACUUUGUGUCGGAUGGGGUGAAGAUGAUAUUAAUGGAAAAUAUUGGAUUGUUUAAAAUUCUUGGGGAGAAAGUUGGGGAGAAAAAGGAUAUUUUAAAAUUGCAAGAGGAAAUAACGAAGCUAGUAUUGAAAGUAUGGGAGAAUUUGCGACAAUUUAAAAAGUUUAGAAUCCUUUGUAUAAAUAAAAUAAUAAUAGUAGUUGA